AUGUGGGGAUCUCUCCAAAAGACUGCGCUAGGGGCGACAGACGCGGGCGCUGCUCAGCCCGUGAAUGGCGAUGAGGACGAGAGACUAGUGCCUGGCACUGGUCCCACUGAAGUACCCUUCGAGAUCGGGGAAGUUCAUGUUACAAAAAUAUAUGUACACCCUAUCAAGAGCUGCCGAGGGACAUCGGUUAAGGAAGUGCGCUAUGACCCCGAAGGUCUCGAGAAUGACAGAAAAUGGUGCAUCAUAGAUGCGCAAAAACGCACCAUUCUUACCGCCAGAGGAUUUGCCAAUAUGGUACUGAUCACGCCACAACUUGAACCGGACCCGUCCUCUGCGUACGGUGGUCAGCUCGUCGUAUCAUUUCCUGAGGGAUCGGGAUGCGAGUCAUUUGCUGUACCAAUCGAGCCGACACCAGAUAUGCUGCGCUCGUGGGAACUAGUCGAGGAUGCUGUUAUGCAUGGCGUGUACCACGUCGAUGGCUACGUCUGCCAGUCACUCUCCGCCCCAUAUAACACACCCUCUACCGUCUUAUCUACGUUCCUCGGUCGAGAUGUGCACCUCAUGAUAAAGGGCCCUACGCCGCGCACAGUGCCGCCGGCGCUCGACUAUCCUGACCUCCAGGACACGGCAAAGUUGCAGGACGGGUAUCCGCUGCUCGUCGCGAGCGACGAAAGCCUGGUUGCAUUCAGGCACGUCGUAAAGGACGUGGCUCAACAGGGAGAGGCGGCGGGAGUCCGCGGCUUCGACCAGAAGCGGUGGAGCGAGGGUACGGUCGAGAUGGAGCGGUUCCGUCCUAAUAUCGUAUUCGGAGGUGCCGGGGUACCCUUUGCCGAGGACUACUGGCGACGCAUUGUCAUCAACUCCCCGGAACAGACCGACAGCGAACAGGCCGAGUUGAAAAUCACUCUAAUAUCAAAGUGCGCGCGAUGCCUGCUUCCUAACGUCGACACGGUGACCGGAAUACGCGAUGCCGCAGUACCUUACAAAUUGCUCAUGACAUUCCGGACGGGAAAGGACCCGCGCGACUUUAGCAAACCCUGCUUUGGGGUCAACGGUAUCAUCGACGGGCAUGGGGUAGUCAGGGUGGGCGACGUAGUAACGGUGAAAGAGUGGGCUGGUCCUGAGGGCGUAUGAGUAUAAAAUGAGGUGGUUGACAAGCAACAAACAUCCGGGCGGCCAAGGAUGGAGAUUCCUUUGUUUGCAUAUAGCAUGCCAGAAUGUGCAACGAGAGCAUAUAAUUUAC